GGGAGGCUGGGCGAGGAGCAGUGGAAAUGCCGGGGCUCUGGGCGGUGGCUGUGACCUCUGCACAGGGCCUCCUGGGUGUCCGUCCCUGGGCAGGUUGUGUAGGUACCUUACCUCAGUGGUGAGGAAGCCCAGGCCCACAGAGGGAGGUAACGUUUCUGCCUGGCAAGAGGCGAGGUGGGGAUCUGAGCUAUCUGUGCCCUUAGCGGUGAGUCUAGAGUAAGAUGGGCUCAGCACCUGGCUGCCCACAGCCUCAGCACAACCCGCCCACAGGCCUCAGCAGGGAGCUUCCCAGUCCGUCGGAGCCGCUGCCGCUGCUGACACGGACCCACGGAGCUGGGGGCCUUUGUGAGGCGGCCGGGCGUGGGCAGCAGGUUCCGUCCUCCGGCCUGCCGGGGGAGGGGCAGGCAGAAGCCGGGAUCAGGGACCGCGUGGAGGAUGGUUCUCGCCAUGCUGGGGGCUCUGCACCCCAGGGCUGGCCUGAGCCUCUUCGUCCUGUACCUCGUCCUGGCAGCCGCGCUCCUCCGCCCCCAGCCGCUGAGGCCUCAGCGAGCCGUUCCUGAGGAAUUUUCGGCCCCCCUGGAACUCUCAGCACCGCUCUCCGGCCUGGUGGAUGACUACGGGGUCCGACCGAAACACCCGUGGCCUCGGGGGCCCCGACCCCUGCUCUCCCGGGCCCAGCAGCGCAAGCGAGACGGGCCCGACAUGGCCGAGUACUACUAUGACUCACGCCUGUGAUGGGAACCCCUUAUAAAACUAUUCUGUGCAG